GGAAAGUAUAAAAGCCGCCGCAUUAUGUUUUGCAACACUUUUUCAAUGUCAUAUACUUGGUAUUUUGUAACACAAUUAGGAUGGACAAAGCAGAUCAGCAGUAUCCUCCGGCCUACAAUCAGCAGGCAGUUAACUACGGACAGCCACAAGGACAAGGUGGCUACAUACAACAAGCUGGCUACAUACAACCAGGAGACUUCAUCCAGCAAGGAUUUGUCGCCGCCCCUGGGCAGGUCGUGGUCUUAGCCCAGCCUCAGCCUACAGCGGUGAUCGUAGCGACUGGGUCUCGACCGCCGGACUACUUGGUGCCCUCUUUUUUCGCUUGCUUGUGUUGCUUCUGGCCUACUGGGGCAUUCGCACUAUACUUCUCAAACGAGUCAAAAAAGGCGUUUGAGGAUGGUGAUAUGACGAACGCCAACAGGUAUUCGGUGCUUGCCCGAAACCUCAUGAUCAGCAGCAUUGUGAUUGGUCUGAUCUGGAUCAUCGCACUCAGCGUCGGGGUGGCAUUAAACUAUUCAACAUCAAGGCAUUGUACUGGUUAUUACUGUUGAAGUACGUACACGGGAGAGACUAUCGCAAAGCAUGACACGUCAAGAAAUUGUAAUUUAUUUCUUUUUUAAAAGAGUUUUAAAGGUUUGGUUUUGUAUAAGGAGUUACAAUGUCAAUCAGUGAUUAUGAACAUUAUUGGCAAACACGUUCAGACAUUUGCUCAUGAACGAGAGCAAAUAAAUAACUUGUUAACAUUGUGUAUAUUCUGAUAAGUUAUGUUCUAUAAUUCCAUUUUCCUAACAUUCUUCCUCAAAGGACUAUACUUUUUUGUCAUUUUCCUGUAUGUUAGUAUAUCUUCUGUUGAAAGUAAUAAAAAUGUAACAAUGAAAUAAUC